CGCAUCUGCAGCGUCUAUUUCUCUCUCUCUCCGUGCCGUCAGCCAUGCAACAAACCUACCCAACGGCUGGACCUACUCUGGCUGCUAUGUCGAUAACGUUGCUGACCGCGCGCUCAAGCGAGUGUUCCAGUCGGUGGAUGAUCAGAGCGCAGCGCAGUGUAUCAGUUACUGUUCGAGUUUGGGAUACGAUGUUGCUGGCACAGGUAUGUGUCAUUCACAUAAGGGGGAGGGUCGAGGGUGAAAGGAGAGGACAGGGGCUAAUGCAAGACAGAAUGGGGCCGCGAGUGCUUCUGCGACUGGGAGAUCAACGCUGUAAAGAUGGUGAACGAUAGCGAAUGUGGGAUGUCGUGUACUGGCAAUGUGGGCGAGACGUGUGGUGGACCGGUUCGGAUCAAUGUGUACCAGGGCCCCACUGAUCUUCCGAUAACAAGCCGGGGCGACGAUAUCACUUUCAAAUAUAUCGGCUGCUACCCCGAUGCUGUGGAGAGCCGCCUCCUCCCCGCUGAGCCGCUGGCGGGACUAACACUGACGGUCGGCACGUGUAUUGAUGCGUGCAGGAGUGCUGGGUUCUCGUCAAAUGAGAGAUCGACUGCUUAUGCGGGUGUGGAGUAUAGCCAGGGUGAGUGGCUUCUUCCUGUUUUGCCAACUUACUUCCAGUUGCUUUCCGCGUCAGAGCCUCUUUUCUCUCACCGGCACUCAUUGCAUCUAGUCUUAUGGCAAGCGCGCUCUGCUACUACAUUUGAAUCAGUCCUUAGCCAUCCAUCUCGUAUAAAUAAAUGUGCGCAUAGUUAACAAGGUUGCCAGAAUGCUUCUGCGGCCGCGACACUGUCUUGCCCGCUCCUGCCGCCGGGACCGCGCCGCAUCUCACGGGGUGCGACAUGUCAUGCAAGGGCAAUGGCACAGAGAUCUGCGGUG